AUGCUCAGGCUGAGUCGUGUUCACGAUGCAUCGAGGUUGCCUUCUUUACUGUCGACAACCAGCCCAGACUUUGUUGAAAAGGCGGAAGCAAUGGAUGCGCUGGUUUCGAAGUAUGAAGAAUUAGUUGGCGCCGCCCGUGAGGGAGGCGGAGCAAAAGCCCAAGAAAGAAUGCGCUCGAAAGGGAAGAAGACACCACGAGAGAGAAUCGCCUUGUUGCUCGACCCACAUUCGCCAUUCUUGGAAUUGUCAUCGCUGGCAGCGUAUGAUCUAUACGACAACAGCGUCCCUGGGGCUGGCAUAAUUACUGGGAUAGGGAGAAUCAACGGUCGAGAAUGUGUAAUUGUUUGCAAUGACGCCACGGUGAAGGGCGGAAGUUAUUUUCCUAUGACAGUCAAGAAACACUUGCGAGCCCAGGAAAUUGCCAUGCAAAAUGGGCUACCCUGCGUUUAUCUCGUCGAAUCUGGGGGUGCGGCGUUGCCCCAUCAAGCAAGCGUCUUUCCUGAUCGAGAGCACUUUGGACGCAUCUUCUAUAAUAUGGCCCAAAUGAGUAGGAUGGGAAUUCCACAGAUCAGUGUUGUUCAUGGAAUUAGUGUCGCUGGUGGUGCAUAUGUCCCCGCCAUGGCCGAUGAAAACAUCAUAGUUCGGCAACAAGGCCGAAUCUUCUUAGCUGGUCCACCCCUUGUAAAAGCAGCAACCGGAGAAGUUGUUGACGAUGAAACGCUUGGGGGUGGCGACAUGCAUUCUUCUGAAUCAGGUGUCACUGAUCAUCUUGCGCGCGACGAUGCGCAUGCUAUUGAAAUAGCUCGAGCAUGCAUUGCUGAUCUCGGAAAUGGAGGCUGGGUUGCCAAUCCACCUCUCAAGGUGCCAGAGGAGCCCCUAUAUUCUGCUCGUGAUCUUCAUGGGAUUGUUGGCACAGAUGUGCGUCAAGGAUUUGAUAUGCGAGAUGUCAUUGCCAGGAUCGUAGAUGGUUCGAGCUUCCGUGAAUUUAAGAAAGAAUACGGUCCCACCAUCCUUACGGGGUUCGCGCAUAUUCAUGGCUAUCCCGUUGGGAUCAUAGCCAACAAUGGGAUUUUGUUUUCGCCUUCUGCAUUGAAGGCGACCCAUUUCAUCGAGUUGUGCUCUCAGCGGAAAAUCCCGCUUCUGUUCCUGGUUAAUGUUACUGGGUAUAUGGUCGGCUCAAAGGCGGAGCGCGGUGGGAUAGCUAAGGACGGCGCGAAGAUGGUCCGAGCAGUUGCUUGUGUUGACGUGCCAAAGUUAACUGUGAUCGUCGGCGGAUCGUUUGGUGCUGGCAACUACGGGAUGUGCGGGCGUGCUUACUCUCCGCGAUUUCUGUGGAUGUGGCCUAACGCGAAGGUAUCUGUGAUGGGAUCCGGUCAACUAUCCGAGGUGAUGGCCACUGUAUCAAAGGACCCCGCACAACAUGCUUCACUAAAGGCUGAAAUUGAAGAUCAAUCCACGUCAUUGUAUGCGACUUCCCGAUUAUGGGAUGAUGGUAUCAUUCGCCCUCAAGACACUAGAGAUGUUGUUGGACUAGGCCUCGCUCUUGCGGCAAGAGAAAGGCGCCCAAGCUCGAACUCUGCCCAGUCUGGCACGGCUGAGGGAGCUUUUGGUGUAUUCCGCAUGUAA